GAACACAACGAACGUUGUAGGGAACAACAUCACCAUUUUUAUUGAUUGAAGCCUUGCCUCAACGACUGAGUGGGUUGCAAAUCUCUUUCAUCCGUGUCACGCGAAACAUCCUGCCUCCUUGAUUCAAUUGGAAAGCAUCGCGCAUGUAGCAGAGCAUACCGGAGAGUUGACUAAGACGUGUCAUUGUCACCGCGACUCUGGUUGUGCAACGUGUGACACUGGACAUGGCUGUACGGAAUGCUAUCCUGGUUUGCACUGUCGUAGUGCUUUCCCCUUGGUUGUGUUCCGUGGCUGAUUGUUCUGGACAGGUCGCAAAUGGGACAGUUCGCCUUGCAUAUCAACCCUAUGGCCAAGCACACACUGGAAUAGUGCAAAUAUUUUACAAUGGACAGUGGGCUGAAAUGUGCCGAAGUUACUAUCCCAAGGCAUGGUCAAUUAAAGAGGCAAAUGUGGUGUGCCGUCAAUUAGGUUUUCCAAGAGCUAUUAAGGCUCUGGACAGUUAUGACAGUUUCGACUUCCGGUAUAGCAGGGUUAGAUUUGAUGUAGCAUGCAACGGAACUGAAGCAACCCUGACGCAGUGUUCUUAUACUAUCGACGAAUACGGCUACUGUAUACUUUCUUCGUCCUCAAGCCCAGGAGUGGAGUGUGAACCAUUUGUCCGAAUCGUCCAGAAAAGCGCAGGACAGCUAAACAGCACCGGGAGAGUGCAGGCUUUUCACAAUGGCACGUGGGGAAACAUAGCAAGCAGCAGCAAAAUGAUCAGUGAAGCCCAACUCGCUUGUCAUCAGUUAGGGUUCUUUAGGGCAUUGAACAUCACGUUCGAAAGUACAGCAAGUCCUACCCCGGUAUACAACCUCAAUGGACAGUGUGAGAAUUUAACCUCAACAAAUCGAUGUGUAAGGGACGUUAACAGCACUUGGAGCGGCUCCUAUCUCUCCACUAUACAGUGCGAUCCUUCUGUUGUACAACUUGCUGGAGAUCCAAAUGGUUUUAAAUGGAAAGGCCGCGUGGAAGUACGAACGAAGGGACAAUGGGUUAGAGUUUGUGGUUUGACAGGCUGGACCCUCACUGAAGCCAAUGUUAUCUGCAGAGAUCUGGGGUACCCUGCAGCAUCACGACUCUUGACGUAUUAUGGUGGUGGCUCUGGUCAUAUCUAUCUCCGAGAUGUUCGCUGCACAGGAAAUGAGUCCAAUAUUUUACAAUGUGCGCAUAUUGCUGAGGAGCAAUACGGGUGUCCACACGAGUUUGACGUGGGACUGCAGUGUGAAGUAACCAGAAUCAUCCCAUACUCCUCCAACCACACCAACAUCGGAGAGGUGGAGGUAUUUCAGAAUGGUAAAUGGGGUAAAAUCUGUGCUGAUCACUGGACUGCAAAAGAAGCCAAUGUGGUGUGCCUGCAACUUGGAUAUACAGGGGCAAUCAGAGGCGUGUCAAGGCUUGGUGCAGCAAAUCGAACAAUAUUUCUUGGUGAUAUCAACUGUAUGGGUACGGAAUCAAGUCUUCAGCUGUGUACGUCCCAUACUCACAAAUGCAGCAGUCUACAGAAUGCCGGCGUUGAGUGUGCCAAGACUGAUACACGGAUUGCUGAUGGCCUGGCCUAUAUUGGUCGAGUGGAUCUGUGGGUUGACUUCAGGUGGUCAGGGAUUUGCGCAAGGUCAGGAAGCUGGACAUUGGCCGAGGCUAAUAUUGUAUGCCAAGGAAUUGGGUACCAGCGAGCAACUCGUGUCAUACCUGACUGGACCGUGCGUAGCACCUCUGCUAUCACUCUGCAGAAUUUACAGUGUAAAGGAGACGAGACAAGCCUAACACAAUGCAAUUACUGGGCUCCUAGGCGUGGCUGUGGUCCUGCUAGUGCUGGAGUUGAAUGCGAGGUAUUGCGCCUCCGUCCCUACUCUUCAACUCAAAGUAACAUUGGAGAAUUGGAAGUAUUUGAAAAUGGACGAUGGGGAAAUAUUUGCGCCAAUCGCUGGACGCUUACCGAGGCCAAUGUGAUCUGCCGGCAGUUAUUAUAUCCAAGAGCAAUUCAGGCCAUAAGGCAGCCAGGAGGGCAAAAUCGAUCUCUCACUGAAGUCAACUGUAUUGGAAAUGAGAGAAGUCUUCUAGAAUGUAGCUACCAGCAGUCAGGCAACAACACAUGUAGCACUCCCCUCAAUGCUGGUGUUGAUUGUGCUGAUCUUCCAGUAAGACUGAUGGAUGGGUCAUUCUUAGCAUACUCGCGUGGUACUGUAGAGGUUCGUAAUCAUCUUGGUUCUUGGGGUACGGUUUGUAGCCCUUCAUGGUCAAUACUGGAGGCUAACGUUGUCUGCAAGCAACUUGGAUUUAUUGGUGCCAAUGCGACUAUCACUGGAAUCGGACGCCAUAUUGCUGUCAAUAUCAACCAUCCAAAGUGCAAUGGAACUGAGAAGAGUCUUUUCGAGUGUUCAAUAUCAUCAUCCUCAUUUUGUCCGUAUUGGUUCGACAGUGUUGGAGUGGACUGCGACACAACCGCCAGCCGAAUUGUAGGUGAUCCACUCACGCCUGGCUAUGGCGGUCAAGUGGAAGUCGAUGGAAAUGGACAAUGGAUGAGCGUAUGUGCAAGUAACUGGACACUGGCACAGGCCAGUGCGGUAUGUCGAAAUUUAAAGUAUGCGGGAGUGUAUUCCGUCACCAGUCAGAAACAAAUCACUUCGAAUUACUCGCUAGUUCUGGAUAAUCUUCACUGUGAUGGAAAUGAGACUAAUCUGCUGCAUUGUAGUCACGAUGGUGUGGUGAAUCGCACAUGUCCAGACUUCAAGCUAGCAACCGUAGAAUGCCGGACUAUUGAGAUCUCCGUACCACCAGAGAGCGUCAUUGCAAACCAGGGAUCCAAUGUGUCACUUACAUGCUCUGCACAUGGCAAGCCUGCACCACAAAUAGCAUGGACAUUUAACGGUACCCCACUGGCUCCUGCACUAUACUCAGUUAACACAGAACCGAACAGCCUGGCUCAGUACAGUAGUAAAUAUAUUUCCUCCUCGACACUGGCGAUUACGGAUGUAUCCUUCAAUGCCAGUCUUGGAAACUAUAGCUGCAUUGCAAGUAAUAACGUUUCGACCCAUGAAUCAAGUGCACAGGCUACUAUCACAGUGCAUGUUUUACCAGUGGGACUGGCGCAGAACGCACACCAGGCGGUGACAACUGGCCAGCAAGUGAAUAUGACUGUUCUUUUGACGGAUUACGGAUAUCCAGCUGUUCCGCUGUGGAACAUUACUUGGGCAAAGGAUGGUGAUCCGUAUUGGAAGAGCUUAUCACCAGGACAUGUGCUGUCCCGUAACAACCUUUCACUGGUUAUUCUCCGCGCGCAAUUCAGUGAUUCUGGAACUUACGUGGCUAGACUUGGCAACCUUGCUGGAUACAUCCAUGUGAAGUUCAAUAUCUCUGUGCAAGAUCUACCAGUUGGACGUGCUCUGAAUGCAGUGCAGACUGUACAAAUCAAGCAGCCAGUGAACAUGACGGUUGUGCUGACAUAUUCAGGAAAACCGUCAGUACCGUCGUUGAACAUAUUAUGGACAAAGGUUGGUGAUCCGGAUUGGAGCAGCUUGUCAGCGGAAUAUCUUCUGUCCAGUAACAAGCUUUCACUGAGUAUUCUCCACGCACAGAUCAGUGACUCUGGAACUUACGUGGUUAGACUUGGCAACUUGGCUGGACGCAUCGAUGUGAAGUUCAAUAUUUCUGUUGAGGGAUCACCGCAGGUACUGCUGUACCCGUCAACAAAAACAACAAUGGUGAAUGAGAAUGGAACACUAACUCUGCAAUGCAUUGCAACAGGCUAUCCUCUGCCGCAGGUUCGCUGGCUCUUCAAUAGCAUAUCAUAUCCCACGCCACAGUACCACAAUACUGAGUAUAUAAACAAUAACAGCGAAAUACGUGCUACUGGACUUCCAGCUGUGGUUUCAAACCUAACAAUUUCGGCUGUGCACAGGCAGUUACACGAAGGGCUGUACACUUGUGUGGCAUCUAAUUUACGCAAUGUGAAUGUCAGCGCAUCUGCCACGGUCGUGAUUUAUGUUCCUGCAACGCUACUGGGCGCUACACUUGAUCAGUCAGUGGCUGCUGGCAAUACAGCUGAGCUACAAUGCCACGUGAACGGCUACCCCAGACCCACAACAACAUGGUACAAGAAUGGACUGAUACUGGAGCAAGAUGAUCUCAUCGGCAGAGUAUCAUUCUACAAGGGUGACGACAUCUUGACAAUAUACAACACUCAAGUCAGUGACAGCGAUGCGUACCACUGUGUAGCAAGCAACAUGAACAAUGACGUUGGUGCUACAGUGCAUGGGAACUACGCACAGCUAACAGUCACAGUUACACCUGUCAUUGAUCCACCCGUUCCAGACACAAUGACGUCAUUCACUGGCUCUUCCUUAUCAGUGCCUUGCACUUUCACUGGAAGUCCACAGGCUGAGGCACGAUGGUGUCGACAGCAGAACGGAGAAUGCACUGUCGAUAGUACAGGCAACUGUCCUGCGUUGGCUACAGUAGAAGCAAGCAAUAACACACUCACGCUGGAGAUUCUGUCGCUGGAUUCCUGCCAUGGUGGAAGCUAUAUGUGUAUUGUCAACAACAGUAUUGGGAAAACAGCAUCACACCUUCAACUCACAAUUCAAGAUGUGGCCAGUAUUGGCUUGCGCGGAGAAUUCUCUGGCGGUGGUUUGAGCGGACUGCAAAAUGCGGAAGUUCGGACGUUGUUUGAGAACGAGGUUUUAAACAAGCUACUGCUAAGGGUCAAAAUCGAGCACUUCACUUACAUUUUUGUGGGGUCAAACAUCAUCAAUGUCACAUGUGAUAUCACAACUUCAGCCACCGACAUUGCUCAAAUCUCCGGAAAUAGCUCAGAAGCGAAUUUGCUGGCAGCCUUUGAAGCCAGUCUACAAGCUACACAAUCACCAAAACUGAGCUUGGUCAGUCACAGUUUGACGGUGAUCGCUUAUGAUGUUUGUAGUCCUGAGGUGACAACUGGCCGGGAUCGUCGGGGAUCAUUCUACUGGCCAGAGACAUACAGCAAUGCCACGCUGGUACUGGACUGUCCCGUGGAGCUCCAGGAUGGCAUCAUUCGCUACGCAAGUCGGCAGUGCAUAACCAUGCCUCGUCCACAUAACCCUCAGCUAGUGACGGCACAGUGGGAAAUGGCCAAUGCAACCAGUUGCCCCACACCUAGAACGGCACAGCUGCAACAGAUAGCAAAGAUUGACUUCAACAGCAGUGACCCAGAGCAUGUUUUGAACGGCACACUGACCCUGGAUACUUUGACGAACAAUACUGAAACCCUGACCACUGAUGAUAUUGACUUUGCGUCUACGGCAAUCUUUAAUGUCAUCAACGCCGUCAGUAAGGACCAGGACUUCAAUCAAACUGUGGGCAAACAGGUUGCGCUAUCAAUUCUUCACGUUGUAGACAAUGUUUUGACGGUCAAAGGCAAUAACACGGCAGUUGCACCUGUUCCUGCCAAAAGGCUUGCAAAGUCAAUGGAACGGUUGGUGACCACAUUGGAUGUGAGUGAGGACGAACCAAUUGUGAAAACCGAGAACAACAUUGGAUUCGCCGUGAGCUGCCCACGACCGAAUGGUGCAAAGCAGGCAUUCCGAUCGGUUUCUCAGAAUCGCGAUGGGAUGUUCUACGUGGGUGAGCUGAACUCCAGUGCCCUCGCCAGUGCGGCCGGCGUGGCAUUCGAUAUAUCCGGGAAGAUCAUCAGAGCUGCUACCGACAUGCUGACGCCAUCCAACGACUCUGUCUGCACUGCAGCUGCCACACGAUACAUCCUAUACCGCACGCACGCACUGUUCGACGACUCCAAUAUCAGUGCAACCACUAGCGUAGCGUCCGAAGUCAUUUCGGCGCAAGUCGGGAACGCUAAGAUAGACGGCCUAACUGAACCAGUACUCAUGUCAUUUGACUUCAAAGGCGGCAUUCAAGCGGACAAAGACGACACUGUACAAUGCGCAUUCUGGAACUUUGACCAAAAUGACGGCAAGGGUGGCUGGAGUGAGGACGGCUGCAUUACUUUCUACAAUAGCACAACAGGAAAUAGACCAAUUUGCCAGUGCAAUCAUCUAACCAACUUUGCAGUUCUCUUCACAAGGGUGGUAUCACCUCACACGUCUAAAGCACAGGAAGCACUCAAGUAUGUGUCAAUUGUGGGAUGUGCCAUAUCCAUGGCAGCUCUAGUAGCUACCAUCAUCACCAUAGCUUUAGUCAAGAGAGUGCGUAAGAACCUCCAUCAUCGCAUGAUCCUGGGAUUGAGCAUAACUCUACUGCUGUUCCUGGCAAUAUUCACCGUGGUUCUCUACUAUGAAAAUCUGCAGAAGAGCCCGGCGGUGUGCAAGACACUUGCCAUCAUACUGCACUAUCUACUGCUCUGUGCAUUCAUGUGGAUGUCCGUGGAUGCCGUGUUCAUGUAUAAACAAAUCGUGGUCGUUUUUGACAACUCCAGCCAGCACCUCAAGACACUUCUCUUCUGGUCCAUAUUUGUCAUCCCGUUUGUAAUUGUCGCCAUAACGACAGGUGCUUCGACUUCAGAUGGAUACGGUGGCAACGGACUGUGCUGGAUCUCGAUGGACGCAGUGUUCUACGCAGGCCUGGUGGUGCCAAUGGCUCUCUCACUCUUGCUCAACGGGUCCAUUCUGGUCAGGGUGGCUGUCACGCUGAGAGGUCGCGGACGCAAGGUCAGCACCGUAGCGCAGGGAGAGCACCGCAAGAACUUUCCCGUGCUCAGUAUAGUCGUGCUGCUGUCCGUUCUGCUUGGGCUAACCUGGCUCUUUGGAUUCCUGGUCAUCAUAGACGAUAACAUUGCUCUACAGUAUAUCUUUACCAUCCUCAACUCGCUGCAAGGCCUGGGCAUCUUUAUCCACAUCAUACGGGGCAAGGAGAUGAGGAAAGGCCUGAAAGAAAUCCAGCGCAUGCCGACAGCUUGGACAAAUCUGACCACCGGCAACACCAGCACACUAAGAACAUCAACGCUUGGUAAAUCAGCACCCGGCAACACCAGCACACUCACCAGCAACACCAGCAACUCUCUGCCAAGGACCAUAGCUGAAAAGCAGCCAGCCACUCAUGCAACAACCCCGGACCGAUCAGAUCUUUCUCUUUCCCUGGACAAGUCGCAUGACGGCACGUCGACCCAGAAUGAAGGUGCAACGGUUUCGCCCGACGAGUUUUCCAAUUGGAAUCCGUACACGCCGUCUCCGCUAGCUGCUGACAAACCACUCAUGUCCAGCACAUCCGCAGACACUUCAGAAGAACUGGAAUUGAAGAACCUGGCUGAAGGCCAGCCACUCACGCAUCCGCCCAACGUCACCUUCCAGGGCGGCAGAGCAGCGUCAAAGUUGAAGUUCAAGUUCCAGCCGUACCAAAGUGCCGAGGCUAGGCUGGACGCAUCAUACCUGAUCGAGAACACAGCGUGCGAAGAUGAUUGAGCUACCUUUUCUCACGGUUGCAUGCCAAUAGAAACGUCUAGAGCAGCAUGAAUUAAUCUCCUGGGGCGAGUGGCAGUUGUUUCAGCUGCAGAAUGCUUCUCCUGCUGUAUGUUCUCUUUGUUUCCUUUCCUUCCUAUUUUGGUUCGUAGAUUCUUCUCAAUUCUAUAUAUUUCAACAUCUUUGCUGUCUCAUAUCUCCAAUCUAUCUACAUAUCCAUCUAUCUAUCUGUUAAUCCUUCCAUCCGUGCAUCUAUCCAUUUGUCUGUCCAUCCACCAACAGUAAAGGACGAUCAAAUCAUCUUCUAACAACAUGGCAUUGAAAUGCAACUGCAGGUGUCAUGCUCAAAGCAACUUUCAUGCCAAACAUAUCGAACUGUGUCUUUGGGCAAUAUCUUCCAUCUUGACUGCUUUGCUCCUUUCUCAAACUCGCAGGCCGUGGUGUACCUUUCCUCCGUAGCUUGUCUUAGAGCUUCUUUCCCGGAUUUUUUCUUUAGCGUUUAGCCCUUCUCUUUCUUAAAAUGUUUUGGCGACUUUGGUGGUGAGUCUGAUCUACUCACCUCCCACCGCUGUAGGAGCUACAUAUGUGCCUUAACCCUUGAGGGUGGUGGCGUUCUUUUUCCUAAAUUGAAACCUACUCUUAUGUACACUCUUCCACAUACUUGCAUACAUAGACAGUUGUCUAAAGUCCCUCGGCUGCUUACAGCGGAAAGGGACUUGUUUGAUUCAUUGCUGUGUAAUAUUUGUACUUGCAUACAUAAAUGUCAGCUACAUAAUUGGUGUUUUUUUUCGCUGAGUGGAUCAUGUACAGGUACUAGACCGAGCUUGCCCAAGCUAAAAUCUGCCUAUUCCUGUUUCUACUCAUACCCAAUUCAGUUCUUCUUCAUCUCAAGACUAGUAAAAUCAUUCCUUUUCAUUUUGCACUUUUUUCGCAUAAGUAACUCUCAUUCAAAAGUGCCUCUGAUGUCAUUUGAAUGUACCUA